AUGUCAGGAAACAAAGCCUCGAAAGUCAAAGGUGACGCUAAAUACUAUGUUGGCAUGGCAAAAGAAAAAGUUGGUGAGGCGAUCGGUAACGAAAAAUUAAGUGAACAGGGGAAAGCCGACAAGUUGGCCGGAACUUCGGAACGUGAAGCUGCUUCUGUUCGAGAUGACGAAAAAUCAAAACAUGACGACACCACAAAAAAGCAAGUCGACAAAAUUAUUAAUAAGGCCGACGAUAUUAUGAAUGCAAGCAUCGAAAAUACUCAGAAAGAGAGGGCCGACAAGAAUGAUGCAGACAAUACUAAUCAUAAGAGCAAAUUGUAA